UGACGGCCAGGCAUUUUCCGAAAGUCAUCAUCAACACUCGAAUUUUGCUUUGUGGUUGCGGUCUGGCUGUCUGGCGAUCGUGUAAUUUCCAAAGUUUUCGAUCCUAAAUCGACGUUUUCGUUCUCAGUAAGUGUUCGUAACGGUUCGCUCAAAUUGUUAAGAAAGUUGAGAAGUAGAAUUUAGAGUCGCUAACCCUCGCAACAAUGGCUGGAACGCUUGAGGAUAAAUCUAUCUGGGAGGAUGGCGAGGAAACGCUGGGUGAGGAAGUUCUCCGAAUGCCCACGGAUGAGAUUAUUAGCCGAACUCGCUUGAUGGACAAUGAAAUUAAGAUCAUGAAGAGUGAGGUCAUGAGGAUCACGCAUGAACUGCAAACACAAAACGAGAAAAUUAAGGAUAACACCGAGAAAAUCAAGGUUAACAAGACGUUACCCUAUCUGGUGUCGAAUGUCAUAGAGCUGCUGGAUGUAGAUCCCCAGGAAGAGGAAGACGAUGGGGCAGUUGUGGUUCUGGACUCGCAGAGGAAGGGCAAAUGUGCUGUUAUCAAAACUUCCACCAGACAAACCUACUUCCUGCCGGUGAUCGGCUUGGUUGAUCCGGAGAAGUUGAAACCCGGCGAUUUGGUCGGCGUUAAUAAGGAUUCUUACUUGAUUUUGGAAACACUUCCAGCAGAGUAUGACGCCCGUGUCAAGGCCAUGGAGGUGGAUGAACGACCGACUGAACAGUAUUCCGAUAUCGGAGGUUUGGAUAAGCAGAUUCAGGAACUGAUCGAGGCCGUUGUGUUGCCCAUGACCCACAAGGAAAAGUUCAAGAAUCUGGGCAUUCAUCCACCGAAGGGAGUUCUUCUAUAUGGUCCACCUGGAACGGGAAAAACUCUUCUGGCUCGAGCUUGUGCCGCUCAGACCAAGUCCACCUUCCUAAAGCUGGCCGGACCUCAGCUGGUGCAGAUGUUCAUCGGAGAUGGAGCCAAGCUGGUACGGGAUGCAUUCGCCCUAGCCAAGGAGAAAUCCCCUGCAAUCAUCUUCAUCGACGAGCUGGACGCCAUCGGUACGAAACGUUUCGAUUCGGAAAAGGCCGGUGAUCGUGAGGUGCAGCGAACUAUGUUGGAACUGUUGAACCAGCUGGAUGGUUUCAGUUCUACGGCCGAUAUCAAAGUCAUUGCCGCAACCAAUCGGGUGGACAUCCUUGAUCCUGCGCUGCUCCGUUCCGGUCGGUUGGAUCGUAAGAUCGAAUUUCCGCACCCGAACGAGGAAGCGCGGGCCCGUAUCAUGCAGAUCCAUUCGCGUAAGAUGAAUGUCAGCCCGGAUGUGAACUUCGAGGAGCUAGCCCGCUCGACGGACGAUUUCAACGGGGCCCAAUGCAAAGCCGUUUGCGUGGAAGCCGGUAUGAUCGCGCUGCGUCGUUCGGCCGUCACCGUCACCCAUGAGGACUUUAUGGAUGCCAUCAUGGAGGUGCAGGCCAAAAAGAAAGCCAACCUCAACUACUAUGCCUAGUGUGUUGGGGUUCCGAUAAUCUUUUUUAAUAACAAAUAAGUAAGUUUGCUUGAACUGUAACACACAAUGUGGUUAUUUAGAAUUUAAAAUAUACAUCAUAAAAAUAA